UACAGAAGGUCCCUGGCGACGGGACACUCUCAAGUGGCAUUGAGAAUGAGAGAGACAGAGAGACAGAGAGAUAUUGCCAGGCUCUUACCAUGAUAAAUUGAUAGCCACUCAAAUGCAGUUGUGACUGCUACGGCACUGCCUAAAGUUCUCCAGCCGAGGUAAAUGGACCGAUAAGUAUUAGGCGCAAGAUAUGGGGUCUGUUGUGCAGGCUUUUGGGUAUAGACAAGAGCUCUGAUGCGGCUAUCACUGGCCAGUCUUUGUUGCCCUUCUGCUGCGUAUUUCCUACACUGCAGCAGUGCUUCUUUUGCACUGAGACGGACGCUCGGUGCCAGGGUGGAGCCGAGCCCGGCCCCCCACAAUUCCCAGGACUCAACGAGCAAGUUUGCCGCUUCUCCUCAAAAGCAUAAAUAUACUACGCUCUUCCCUCAUCCCACUACCAACCCAUACCAUCUUUGCUCUCAAAUAAUGGCAAUCGACACAAUCCCUGCAAACGACCCAACCGGUGCCGGUGUCCAGAUCCCAUCGGCAUUCUACCCGCUCGUUCGUCCGCAUGCGCGGCAGCUCAUGGACAAGCUCCACAAGUUCGUCACUGAGGAAUGCCAGCCUGCUGCUGCUGUCUACCACCACCAGAUCCAGAAGGGAGCAAAUCGAUGGAAGGUGGUGCCUGCCGUAAUGGAGGAAUUGAAGGCCCGCGCCAAGUCCCUUGGUCUUUGGAACCUCUGGAUGCACUCUCACUACAAGGAGGGUGCAGGCUUGACUAACGUCGAGUACGGCCUCAUGGCUGAGAUUAUGGGCCACUGCCACGUCGCGUCUGAGGCUUGCAACUGCUCCGCCCCCGACACGGGCAACAUGGAAGUCAUUGCCAAGUACGGCACAGACGAGCAAAAGGCCACUUGGCUGCGUCCUCUCAUGGACGGCAAGAUUCGUUCUGCUUUCGCCAUGACUGAGCCUGGCAUUGCUUCCUCAGACGCCACCAACAUUGGUCUCUCCAUGAAGCAGGAGGGCAAUGAAUGGGUCCUCAACGGCCGCAAGUGGUGGAUCUCAGGUGCCGGUGAUCCUCGCUGCAAAAUCUACAUCGUCAUGGGCAAGUCUUCACCCAACGCUUCAUCCGAAUACAAGAAGCAGUCUGUCAUUCUCGUGCCUGCAGACACCCCAGGUGUCACAGUCAUCCGCCCUCUCGGCGUCUUUGGCUACGACGAUGCACCAGAAGGUCACUGCGAGCUGUUGUUUGAGAACUGCCGCGUGCCACUUAAGAACAUGGUUCUCGGCGAAGGCCGUGGGUUUGAGAUCAUCCAGGGCCGUCUCGGUCCUGGCCGUAUCCACCACUGCAUGCGUUCCAUCGGUGUUGCAGAGCGUGCUUUGCAGCUCAUGAUCAAACGUGUCGUUGACCCAGCAAAGCGCCAAAAGGGAAAGCUCCUUGUGGAGGAAGGUGUCAUCUUGGCACGUAUGGCUGAUUCGCGUAUUCACAUUGAUGCUGCUCGUCUCAUGGUGCUCAAUGCUGCUGCUCAGAUUGACCUCAAGGACGCCAAGUCAGCCCUCAACCAGAUCGCUGAGGCCAAGGUCAUGGUUCCCGCCAUGGCUCUUCAGGUUGUUGACCACGCCAUGCAGGCAUACGGUGCUGAGGGUAUCUGCCAGGAUUCCGAGUUGCCUCUCAUGUGGGCACACUUGCGUACACUCAGGUACGCUGAUGGCCCAGAUGAGUCUCACCAGAAUCAGCUUGGUCGUAUUGAGGCCAAGAAGGCCAAGUGGAUUGUGCCCAAGUUCGCUGCAGAAGACGCUGCACGCGCUCAGGCCUUCAAGAAGGCUGGUUUGAGCCACUUGAUCAAUGCAAAGGCUCAGAUUUAAGGGAUUCUUUGUGUCAUACAUACACUUCGUAUAUUUGCUCGCUAUACAAUACCUUGCAGCUACACCUUAUACUUGAGCGACAUCCAUGUUCCUGAUAAAUGUCCAGAACCACGUCACUGCAUCCAAAUGCCCUCGUAGACUCUGU